CGGUGUACACCCCUACUAAUAUGAGUUGAAAGAGGAAGAUUAAAAGACGAAGGCACAUAUUUCCUCUAAAAUUGAGCAUCUUUAUCCUACUUCUGUAUCUCUCUCUUAUCCCUCUAAACAAGCACUCUCUAAAAGCAUAUUUAUUCCUAUCUUUUUUUUUUUUUUUUUUUUUUGAUACUCCGUAGUAUUUAUUUUUGACACCUAGAACUUUCCUAAACCCCUCAUACCAAACACCUGGAACUUAGUACCCCGUAUUUGUUUUUGACACAACAAUUCUCUCUCUUCCAAUCCUCUAAUAAUAGUGGCGAUUUCAAAGGGAGUUGCGAUUGGAAUUUCAUUGUUGCAGUCAAAUGAAGGUUGGGAAAACAAACUACGUCCUUCUCCCUGAUGAUUUGAUCGGGGCAUCUUUUCGAGGCUGUCAGUGAAAGACUUGUUACGAAUAAGAUGCGUGUGCAAGUCAUGGCGUGCCCUCAUUGACGACUAUAGCUUCAUAUUGAUGCAACACCAUGCUCAAUAUGCUACUAGCAAAGCAGAUGGCGAUGUACCAUUCCUCCUUUGGUUUCAUAUGAUGUUAAUGCAUCCAGAUCAAUGCCAUCUUUUUUCUAAACACGGAGGGGAUGAUGUUCUUUUGAAUUUGAUAUCAGAUGUAGAACGCGAUAGAAGAUUUGCUCUCACUGUUGAUCCUAAUGUAAUAGUGAACACUAUAUGUAGAGGCAGCGGAAAUGGCAUUAUUUGCUUUAACAUUGAAUUGUUUAAUAAUCAACUAGGGGACUUUGAAUUCUAUUGUGGGUUGUGGAAUCCGGCCACAAGAGAUUUUAAGAUUGUUGCAUUUCCAAAAGCCCCAGAUCAAUUGUUGCCUCGAUGUUCUUGUGUUGUUGGCUUCAUGUAUGAUGCUUUGUGUAACGAUUUCAAGAUUAUGGCAAGAACUUGUAUCGUGUCUGACUCUGACAGCCCAUACAUAAAUUUGGCCUAUGAUAUCUUCUCACUAAGCACCAACUCGUGGAAGAGGCUUAGUAAUCAGCCAAUUUACUCGGGUGCUCGUGGCCCUGGCCUUGCUAUUGUCUCACCUUCGACCAUGGAUGCGUUUGUAAAUGGUGUUUAUUAUUGGAUUGCCGACUUGUCUAAUGAUGAUGAAACCAAGGAUUAUAUCCUUUCUUUUCAGUUAAGUACCGAGACGUUUAAGUUAUCUGAUCUACCACAAGGGAUUGCUCAGCCCAUGAACAUGAAUAUAGAUCAAUUGUUCGGACGGGAGAUUGGUCUGUACAAAGAAUCCCUUGCAAUAUAUGUUACCCAAAAUCCCGAGCAACAAGUUGGUCACGUUGAAAUCUGGGUAGUUACCGAAUUUGACUAAGUGGGAGCUCCAAUAGCAUGGCAGUGCUUGUUUGUAACUGCACCAAUUCAGGUAAGUUCUGGUCCAUACGUCGUGGGAUCACGGCUGGAUGGUGAUCUCCUGGUCAAAAUUGAUGACAUGCUUUGGGUUUAUAAUCCCGCAACAAACAAGUUUUCGGAAAGGAACAUAGCAGUUUCGCAGUGCUUUAGAUAUGUAGAGAGUCUAUUUCCUCUAACAAGGAGAGUGAUCAGGGGUUAAUAGUGCUUCAUCUUUUGCUGUGGACAAUGGAUUUGCUUCAAAUUGUGGUUUGGAAUUUUGGAUGCUCCUUCUUACAAAUCAAACAUAUUCUUGUAUGUUGUAUUAAAUAUUCUUUAUGUUACGGUCUCUAUAUUAUGUAUAUUGCAGUAUGAUUCUUUCUUUGGUUUA